AUGUCUACAAAGAGCUUCAUCGACACUACCAAAGACCUUCCUACGCUGUUUAAGAAGCAGGUGCAAGCGACCCCCGAUCUCGUUGCACUAGAGGAUGGAGAUGUGAAAUAUACCUAUGCCGAGUUAGACCAGGAGGUCGAGGCGCUAGCUAGUCGGUUGCGAUUAUAUGGUGUCGGUCGUGACACCCUAGUGGGCGUGUUGCUUCCUCGCAGCGCAAAUUAUGUGAUCGCGUGCCUGGCUGCACUUCGUGCCGGGGGAGCAUUCUUGGUCCUCGAGCUUGCAUAUCCAGCGGGUUUAUUGGCCGAUGUUAUCCAAGAUGCCUCUCCCGCGGUCGUGAUUACCCACCGUGUUGACGCAAGCAGAGUCAAGGCGGCGUGCCCGGUGAUCACCCUGGAUGAUCUACCUGCAGAUGCCAACGGUUUCGCGAAAGAAGCUUCUCCUCUGCCGGCUUCCGACGAUCUUGAUCGACUCGCCUUUGUUUCUUAUUCGUCAGGAACCACCGGCAAGCCCAAGGGAAUUGCCAAUCCCCAUCGAGCUCCCGUUCUGUCUUACAACCUGCGCUUUGGUGUUCAGGAUCUCCAGCCAGGAGACCGGGUUGCCUGCAAUGUUUUCUUUAUCUGGGAGAUCUUGCGACCACUAUUGCGGGGUGCAACAGUUGUCACCGUGCCCGAUGAUGUGAGCUAUGACCCCGCGGCGUUGGUUGACCUCCUUGCUUCGAAGCGUAUUACCGAAACCCUCAUGACCCCGACCCUCCUUGCGACUGUUCUCUCCCGUUAUCCUCCUGGAAGUAUCGAAGCUCGUCUUCCCGAAUUACGGACACUAUGGCUCAAUGGAGAAGUGGUGACCACCGAGCUUGCUCGGCGAACUAUCGCGGGGCUGCCCAAAACUCGCCUUCUCAAUUGCUACAGUGCAUGCGAGACUCACGAAAUUGCGUGCGGGGAUAUUCGGGAGAUGAUCGAUGACAAUUCUCUCUAUUGCCCUGUGGGUCCUCCCAUUGCUAGCGGCCUCGUUCAUGUCUUGGAUGAGAACCUACAGGAAGUAGAAACUGGCACAGCCGGAGAACUCUUCAUCGGCGGUCAAAUGCUUGCCCGAGGAUAUCUUAAUCUUCCAGAGACGACUGCGAAGGCUUUCACUUCACACCCAUUUGACAAGACUCCUGGAGCUCGUUUAUACCGGACUGGCGAUCUCGCGCGCAUUCUCCCCUCAGGUCUGUUAGAAAUCACAGGCCGAGUAGGUGGCAUGAUCAAGCUUCGAGGAUAUUCGGUAGUUCCUGCCAAGGUAGAGAGUGAAAUCUGCCAGAAUCUGGCUGUCAGCCAUUGUAUCGUCAUCGCACACGGUGAAGGCUUGGAGAGGCAAUUGGUCGCAUAUGUCGUGCCGGAUGCAGAAGCCCGUGACCGCUCACCCGUUGAAGUCAACGAAGCUGGCCACAGCCCCGCAGCUCGCCGUGUUCUUGAUCAACACCUGGCGCAUUAUAUGAUUCCAUCUCUCUGGGUCGUGAUGGACGAACUUCCUACAAAUGAGGUCUCCGGAAAGGUUGAUGUGAAAAGCUUGCCUGGCCCUCGCACCGCUAGCCCUCAGCCUAGCGAGCAGUCCGACAAGGACCCGAUCGCAAUCGACCACGUCGCAGUCAUCUGGGCGAACGUUUUGAAGGUUCCGAAAACACUUCUUAAGCCGGAGGAUAACUUCUUCGACCAAGGCGGUCACUCAUUAUCUUUGGCUGACCUCGCAUCGCGAUUUUCUCGAACCUUCGGAUUUCGCGUGCCCGUUCCUCGCCUGGCCGAGAACCCCACUUUGGCGGGACAUCUUAACACAGUUCGCGCUGUUCGAGACGGCCAUGCAGCAGCAGUGCAGGCAGAUCUUCCCGCUGUUCUGCUCGCCGAUUCGACUUUGCCCGAAGAUAUCAAACCCAAGCCCGACGCCGCUUUCACCCCAAUUCAAAAAGCAGAGACUGUCCUCUUGACUGGUGCAACUGGUUUCUUGGGCGCUUUCUUAUUGCAUGAUCUUGUUCAGAGCACUACAGCGAAGAUCAUUUGUCUCGUGCGAUACAAUGACCCAGAAGAUGGUAGCUAUGCGAGCGGUGUGGCCCGGAUUCGCCGCAACCUUCUUGAUCUAGGACUUUGGAGCGACACUAUCAUGGAACGUGUCGAGAUCCUGCCUGGAAACCUGUCACAGACGCAACUUGGCCUGACACCAGAGAAAUUCGAAGAGCUGGCUAGCCGUGUCCAGGUUAUCGUUCACGCUGGCGCGACUGUCAACUUGGUCUAUCCUUAUGCCGCUUUGCGUGCAGCGAAUGUCUCUGGAACUAUCGAGGUGCUUCGUCUGGCUGCCAAGGGAGGAGCCACUCUAGAAUACGUGUCCACGAACGGUGUCCUACCCCCUGCCCCUACCAAGAAGGGUUGGUCUGAAAAUUCCUUCUUGGGCAUUGAGGAUGUCCCUACAAAGCUCUUGGACGGCUAUGGUCAAACCAAGUGGGUUGCUGAGCAGCUCGUGCUGAAGGCCGGCCAGACUGGAUUCCACGUGAAGAUCCAUCGAUGCGGUACCAUCAGUGGCCACAGUACUACCGGUGCAGCCAAUCCGUAUGAUUUGCUCACUGCUUUGCUCGUGGAGUCGAUCUGUCUUGGGUAUGCUCCAGACGUGGAUGGCUGGCGUGCAGAGAUGACGCCCGUUGAUUUUGUCAGCCAGUCGAUCAUCCACCUUUCCAACCAAGAUCACGCAGGCCAGACGAUCUACCAUCUUGGUGAUCCGGACCCCGUUGACACUCGAUUCGUUUUUGAACAACUGAGUGAGCUUGGCUAUCCUACCAAGUUCCUCCAGUGGGAUGAGUGGGUAACCCUGUGGCAAGAAAAGCGAGGAAUCACCAAAGGCGGAGAUGGUGCCUUCACUGUCGAUAUUCUGCGAAGCGGUAUGCCGCCCGUGGAAUUCCUCCGCAGCAUUGUGGUUCUCGACAACACCCUGACCAGACCUCUCCGAAUUGCUGUUGAGCGGCCCAAGGUCGACAUCCUCCUGUUGGAGACGUAUGCCCGUCAUUGGUUUGCUCGAGGGUGGCUCCCAAAGCCUCCUUCCCGCCAGGAAUCUCUUGCAUACCGAUCCAAGCGCGCCUCACAAGGCCCUCUUGCUGGUCAGGUCGCCGUUGUGACGGGAGCCUCAUCUGGCAUCGGUGCUGCCGUGGCGACUGCGCUCGCAAAACAGGGCUGCAAUGUAGCCCUCGGUGCGCGUCGCCAAGAGGCUUUGGAGUCUGUCAAGCGUGAAGUCGAGUCUUAUGGCGUGAAGUGCGUUAUUCGGUCCACGGACGUGACGAGCAAGGAACAGACCGAGGCACUCUUCAAAGCAGCUAAUGCCGAGCUUGGUCCUGUCGAUAUCCUGGUCGCUUGCGCUGGCGUUAUGUACUUCACCAUGAUGGCGAACGUUCAGACCGAAGAAUGGGAUCGCACGGUCGAUGUGAACUGUAAGGGUGUCCUUAACGCUCUAUCUUCCAGUGUCCCGGACAUGCUGUCUCGUGGUCGCGGCCAUAUUGUCGCGAUUACUUCUGAUGCUGGUCGGCAAGUCUUCCCUGGCUUGGGUGUCUACUCAGCCAGUAAAUUCUUCGUGGAGGCUACGUUGAAAGCCCUUCGUCUCGAGACGGUUGGCUCUGGGCUGCGAGUUACAGCCAUUCAGCCUGGAAACACCUCCACGCCUCUGCUAAACAUGUCAAGCGACGCCGAGGCAAUUAAGAAGUACGGCGAACCCUCCGGCGCAAAGAUCUUGGAUCCGUCCGAUGUGGCCAAUUCUAUUAUCCACGCCCUCACUCAGCCCGAGCAUGUUUCCGUUAACGAGAUUCUUGUUGAGCCCCGCGAUGAACCUAUCUGA